UCUCUCCGUUAAUAGCAUUAGUGUGUCCUAUUGAAAACGAUAUCGCUUUUCAAUUCCAUUUAUAUUUACGGACAUAAUGAAACGUGCUCAAAUUAAGAUAAGAUUAAUGUACUCUGGUAUACCGAAGUCGCAAGUGAUAGGGAAACACAAGAAAAUUUUUUUCGAUAAAGUGUGUUUAUCUAUCGGAAACUGGAGUCAGAAAAUGACAGAAGAAGAAAUACGGAUGCUGUUAGAAAAAUACGGAGAAGUAAUAAAAUGCGAGCUACGCUUAGAGAGAAAAGAAGUUUACGUCGAAAUGAAUUCUGCAACGGAUGUAAUAGCAAUUAAACGCGAUCUACAUGGCACGUUGUACAAAGAUCGAGAGCUUGAGAUACUUAUUCUUGAUGCUCAUGCGCUUAAAAUCGAAAAACUUAGCUCUUGGAUACCUAAUGAUUUACUCGAAAAAGCAUUCGGUGCAUCAACCGGCAACACCAAAUGCUCGAUAACUUUUAUAAACAAUAAAUGUCAAGCUAUCGCCAAAGCAAUCAUCAAAUUCCAGACAAAGAUGGAUUUUCAGAGGAUCGUGAAACUUGCGCAACAAUGCUACAUAUCUAUAUCCGAUUCUCCAUCAGAAAAUGAAGAAUCGGUCGAGCAAAAUAAUGCGAACGACGUGUUCAGAAAUAAGAAUCUUCCGUGUAUGACUCCGAAAUUCUGUACAGUCAAUAAGAAGCCUGUCAAGUCUAAUUUAGCGGAAUUGCGUAUUAUGCGUAAAUAUAAUCAAGUAUGGAAUGAGUUGCACCAAAACUACGAAAAAAACAAGGAAGUACUCGAACAAAAUUUAAUGACGAACAAAAUGAUAUUCGAAGAUCAAUUAAGAAACGAGCUUAAUGAUACAUUUUUCAGAAAACAGAAAUGUAUGGUUGCGCUCCACAAUCACGUGAUAAGGAAGAUGAUAAGUAAGAUCCAAAAUAAAGAGUAAAGGUUACUCUAGGAAAUAAAAUGGCAAUAACGGCAAGAAUGUGCAAUAUAACAGAUAACAAAGUAAAAAAAGAGACAAAAUAUAGCUAUUAACGAGGGUUUAAACAAGACUAGAAUUUUAAAUAUGUUUAUUGUGUGUGUGUAGUAUUUUCACACAUAAAAACGAAAAAUAUUAUACAGGAAAAUUGAGAAAUUGAUUGACAUUUAUGCAUAUACUAUAUAUAAAUGUAUAAAGAUUGAAAAAAUAGAAUUUCUUGUAAAGCAAAUGAAAUUUUAGGAACUAUAUUGAACUGUCAUUCAAUAUGGUUGCGAGCGAUUUCUAUUAAUAUAAAAUUAUGUUAUCAAUAUACUUGC